GGCAGGCAGCCCCAGAAGAAGGUGGAAAUCUUCCAGCCAAGGUAAAAUCCGACAUCACCUGGAUAGAGAAAGACCUUGUGGACUCAGCAGACAAGGGAGAAGGUGUCGUGCAGGAGUUCAACAUCACACACCAUGUGAAGGAAGGCUCUGAGAAGGCUGAUCCCUCGCAGUUUGAGCUGCUGAAGGUGCUGGGACAGGGCUCCUUUGGCAAGGUUUUCUUGGUGAGAAAAAUAACACCACCAGACAGCAACCACCUCUAUGCCAUGAAAGUGCUUAAGAAGGCGACACUGAAAGUGCGUGAUCGACUAAGGACAAAGAUAGAAAGGGACAUCCUGGCUGAUGUAAACCAUCCCUUUGUGGUGAAACUCCACUAUGCAUUCCAGACAGAGGGGAAGCUGUACCUCAUCUUGGAUUUCCUCAGAGGAGGUGACCUUUUUACUCGGCUUUCCAAAGAGGUCAUGUUCACCGAGGAGGACGUGAAGUUCUACCUGGCGGAGCUGGCGCUGGGACUGGACCAUUUGCACAGCCUGGGGAUCAUAUACAGGGAUCUCAAACCAGAGAACAUCCUCUUGGAUGAAGAAGGGCACAUCAAACUCACAGAUUUUGGCUUGAGUAAGGAGGCCAUAGACCACGAGAAGAAGGCCUAUUCCUUCUGUGGGACAGUGGAGUACAUGGCCCCAGAGGUGGUGAAUCGCCAGGGCCACUCACACAGCGCUGACUGGUGGUCCUACGGGGUCCUGAUGUUUGAGAUGCUCACCGGUGCGCUGCCCUUCCAGGGGAAGGACCGUAAGGAGACCAUGACCCUCAUCCUCAAAGCGAAGCUGGGCAUGCCACAGUUCCUGAGUGCUGAGGCGCAGAGCCUCCUGAGAGCCCUGUUCAAGAGGAAUCCGGCCAACAGAUUAGGUUCUGGACCGGAUGGGGCGGAAGAGAUCAAGCGCCAUCCUUUCUACUCCACCAUUGACUGGAACAAGCUGUACCGCAGGGAAAUCAAGCCCCCCUUCAAGCCUGCAGUGGGCCAGCCAGACGACACCUUCUACUUUGACACGGAAUUCACGUCGCGCACGCCGAAAGAUUCCCCAGGCGUCCCCCCCAGCGCGGGGGCCCACCAGCUCUUCCGAGGCUUCAGUUUCGUGGCGACCGGGCUGAUGGAGGAUGGCAAGGUGAAACCUGCCCAGCCCCCCCUGCAUUCGGUUGUGCAGCAGCUGCACGGCAAGAACGUCCAGUUCAGCGACGGGUACGUGGUGAAGGAGGUGAUCGGCGUCGGCUCCUACUCCGUGUGCAAACGCUGCAUCCACAAAGCCACCAACAUGGAGUACGCAGUCAAGAUGAUUGACAAGAGCAAGCGGGACCCUUCUGAGGAAAUAGAAAUCCUGCUGCGGUACGGGCAGCAUCCAAACAUCAUCACCUUGAAAGAUGUGUACGACGACGGGAAGUUCGUGUACCUGGUGACUGAGCUGAUGAGGGGAGGGGAGCUGCUGGAUAAAAUCCUCAGACAGAAGUUUUUCUCAGAGAGGGAAGCCAGUUCAGUCCUGCACAUGAUCUGUAAAACAGUGGAGUAUCUGCAUUCCCAAGGGGUGGUUCACAGGGACCUGAAACCCAGCAACAUCCUCUAUGUGGAUAAAUUGGGAAACCCCGAGAGCAUUCGGAUUUGUGACUUUGGCUUUGCCAAGCAGCUGAGGGCUGAGAAUGGGCUGCUCAUGACUCCCUGCUAUACAGCCAACUUUGUGGCACCUGAGGUACUGAAACGCCAGGGCUACGACGAGGGCUGUGACAUCUGGAGCCUGGGGGUUCUCCUGUACACGAUGCUCGCUGGCUGCACUCCCUUUGCAAACGGUCCCAGUGACACUCCAGAAGAGAUCCUGACCCGGAUAGGUGGGGGGAAGUUCUCCAUCAGUGGAGGCAAUUGGGACACUAUUUCUGACAUGGCCAAGGAUUUGGUAUCAAAGAUGCUCCACGUAGAUCCUCACCAGCGUCUCACAGCCAAGCAGGUCCUGCAGCAUCCGUGGAUAACCCAGAAGGACAGCUUACCCCAGAGCCAGCUCAAUCACCAGGACAUUCAGCUUGUAAAGGGUGCAAUGGCUGCCACGUACUCUGCACUGAACAGCUCCAAGCCAGGCCCUCAGCUGAAGCCCAUUGAAUCCUCCAUCCUGGCACAGAGGCGGGUGAAGAAACUUCCCUCCACCACCCUGUGAAGCCGGGCUGGGCUGGGCUGCAGCCACACGGUGCAGGCACACACUGGAUUUUGCACACCUGUGGAAGAUGGGGACAGGGGACAGUCAGUAUCUGCACUGGAGCUCCCUUGGAGGCUUGCUCUCGAAAGGCCAAGUGCCUUCCUGCUCCUGAAAGACUGGCUCCUCCUCGUGUGGACUGAUCUUUGCCGAGAGAACUUCACUGUAAAACUUUUUUGAAGUGUAAAUUGUCAAUUUUUAAAGACAUCCGUGUAUAUGAGAACUAGAAUGUAUAACUGAUGUCAAGUGGCACUAAAAAGCAGCUCUGAUUUCACCCUUCCCUGUGUAGGGCCUGGUAUUUGUUGUUGCUGCAGCAUUUCUUGGAAUUGUUCCUCUCCAGCUCCACUGCAGCUGCAAGACUGUACCACAUUUGGGGGUUAGGCUUUGGGGUUUUUCCCUCCUUGAACCUUUGGAUGCCCUUCCCAAAGCCAACCCUGCAGCCUCCCAGCCAGCAGUGCUCUUGUCCUUAAAGGACUUCCCUCCCCUUCACUGUGUGUGUGUUCCACGUGAGGUCGAUUUUCCAGCCUCUGUUUCUCCCUCUCUCUUACGCUCCCCCAGCCCAGCCAGCAGUUCAGUUCUCUGAACAAAAUAAACCAGGGUUUUCCAAACCCUCCCUUAGAUGCUUCACCUGUCCAGAACACCUGCUAGGUUUGGCUCCUUCCUUCCCUCUGUUUUCUCCCAUCACCAGAUGGGAGUUUGUCACCUGGGCAGGUGGGGACGACAACAGAACUUUCUCUGGCUGCUGCUUUUACCAUUUUGGGGUUUUCCUUUCCUGUCAGCAGGAACCUCUGAACAAAACCAUCCUUUGUUUUGUUUUUUUUUUAAUUUAACUUUGUUCUCCAGCUUGGUAACUCAGGGUUUCUUUCUGACUCGUCCAAUAAACGUGUCAUUCAGGUGA